CUCUGUGGUAGCUGCUGCUGCCGCCUGUCAACACAUUUGAGCCGCAGAAAGUGGCUGCGAUUAAAUCAGUGUUUCUGACAGCGCGCCGACUGUCCUCCACCAUGCCCAUGUACCAGGUAAAGCCCGUCUGCUCGACUGACUUAAAGAUCGAUUUGCCAACGUGCAUGUACAAGAUACCAAAUAUCCACACGCCGAAGGGGAACGGCUGCAGCUCCGAGCACGCGCUCCAGAAUGGCGAGGUGGAUUCAGCAGUCAAAGCUCUGGAGGCCCGGCAGGAUGAGAUCAUGAGGAAGCUGUACGAGCUGAAGGCAGCAGUGGAAGGCCUGGCCAAGACGGUGACGACCCCUGAUGCUGAUCUGGACCUGACGGUCAGCAGCAGCCUCUCGUCCCAGAGCUCCUGCUUCAAAGGCACCACAGACCUGGACAUGCAACUGGGCAAGGACAUUGGCGCCCUCCGCGACAUCGUCAUAAACGCCAACCCGACGCAGCCUCCUCUGACCCUGCUGGUGCUCCACAGUCUGCUGUGUCAGCGCUACCGCGUGCUGUCCACCGUUCAUGUCCACUCCUCCGUCUCCGGCGUGCCACCACAGCUGCUGUCUUGUCUCGGCCCACGGCACGCAGACAGCUACGCCCGUCACAUGUUCCAGCUGGGCUUCACCCUCAUAUGGAAAGAUGUUCCAAAACUGCAGAUGAAGUUCAGCGUCCAGAACAUGUGUCCCAUCGAAGGCGAGGCCAGCGUGGCACGCUUCCUCUUCAAGCUGCUGGCUCCCUACCCCAGCGACCCGGCCGUGGCCACACUGGUGGACAGCUGGGUGGAUACGGCUUUCUUCCAGUUGGCGGAGGGCAGCGCCAAGGAGCGCGCCGCCGUCCUGCGGGCCCUCAACUCCGCCCUGGGCCGCACCCCCUGGCUGUCGGGCUCGGAGUUCACCCUGGCGGACGUGGCCUGCUACUGCUGCGUGCUGCGCAGCGGCUCGGCCUCCGCUGCACCCGCCAACGUCCAGCGCUGGAUCAAGUCCUGCGAGAACCUAGGCCACUUCAGCCCCGCCAAGCUGCUCCUGCAAUGACCAGGGCUAUUCAGGGAGGCAAAGUGAGAGAAGGGCAUUAGAAUAACUAAAUAUCCCGGCCUUGUCUGGAACUCAUUGCAAUGCUUCCUCUCUUACUGUAACUUCUUGCUGACCGUGCUCAGUAGAAGCGAUGUGGAUGAAUUUAUCCUCGCCAUGCUGCUUUUAUACAACAGAUUUUAAAGCUAUAUUUUGUAAGGGAGGAAGCAUGACAGCACCGUCAAGACGGGCUCGGUGAGGAUUAAAUCAACUAUACUGACAGAGUUCGAGACAAACGCACUGUACACCUUCCACCCACUUUGUGCCUAACACAGUCCUGUUCUGAUUAUGUGUGUGUGUCAAUGUAUGGUGAUGGGUAUUACGAUGUGUUGGGAAGAAAAAACAAGAGUAAUACUUUGUACCAUUCAUUUUUCUGAAAUCAUUAAAAAAAACUUAUACUUUG